UCUUGUGAAUUUUAACCUUUCUCGCUCGCUUUCUUCCCUAAAGUGUGUGUGUUUGGGUCUGAUUUUCAUUUCUCUCCUUUUAGCUUUCUCUCUCCCUCUUUCUCUUGCUGUUUCAGCCAUUGGAUUCUAAAGUAAGAAAGUGGAGAAAGAGAGUUUUAAAGGGUAAAUUCAUAUGGGCUGGUUCCCUUGUGGUGGAAAGAAAAACAAAAAUGGAAAGAAAAAGCUUCCCAUCGAUGAUAGUACAACCACGGCCAAUUCAUCUGAUGAUCAGAUCCCUUCUACUUCAGAAAAGCUGAAGGUUAGUUCUGUGCCGGAUGCUAAGAAGGAGGCUAACAAGGAUGGAGGGUCGGAUCACAUUGCAGCACACACAUUUACCUUCCGUGAAUUGGCAGCUGCAACAAAGAAUUUCCGGGCAGAUUACCUUUUAGGCGAAGGAGGUUUUGGCCGGGUGUAUAAAGGGCGAUUGGAAAGCACUAAUAAAGUUGUAGCAAUCAAGCAGCUUGAUCGUAAUGGACUGCAAGGAAACCGGGAAUUCCUUGUUGAAGUACUGAUGUUGAGCCUGCUUCACCAUCCUAAUCUUGUCAACUUAAUUGGAUACUGUGCUGAUGGAGAUCAGAGGCUUUUGGUUUAUGAGUACAUGCCAUUAGGAUCUUUGGAAGAUCAUUUACAUGACUUACCUCCCGACAAAAGACAAUUAGAUUGGAAUACAAGAAUGAAAAUAGCUGCAGGUGCUGCAAAAGGUUUGGAGUAUUUACACGACAAAGCUAGUCCUCCUGUCAUAUAUCGUGAUUUGAAAUGCUCGAAUAUUUUGCUUGGCGAGGGCUAUCAUCCCAAGCUAUCGGAUUUUGGCUUGGCCAAAUUGGGCCCUGUCGGGGAUAAGACUCAUGUAUCUACAAGAGUGAUGGGGACAUAUGGAUAUUGCGCACCAGAAUAUGCAAUGACUGGCCAGCUUACGUUGAAGUCGGAUGUUUAUAGUUUUGGAGUUGUUCUGCUUGAAAUCAUUACCGGAAGGAAAGCUAUUGAUAACUCAAGGGCUGGUGGCGAGCAAAAUCUGGUUGCCUGGGCUCGUCCGCUGUUUAAAGAUCGAAGGAAAUUUGCACAAAUGGCCGAUCCGUUACUUCAGGGACAAUAUCCGGUGAGGGGUUUGUACCAGGCUCUAGCUGUGGCUGCAAUGUGUGUUCAAGAACAGCCGAAUAUGCGGCCUCUGAUAGCCGAUGUAGUCACUGCCCUCACUUAUCUUGCUUCUCAAAAGUAUGAUCCCAGAACUCAUCCGGUUCAAGGAUCUUGUACCGGUUCUUCCACUCCGAGAAUGAGACGGGAAUAAUUCAGGUUUUUAUAUGUUUGAGAUUGUAUGAUUCUUUGGCGUGGAGUUCGUUGCCAAGCCGUCCUCAGAUGUGGAAUUUCGCAAGUCCCAGUUACCCGUCCGAUUUCAGACCUUACCUUGUCUAAUAUAACGGCCGUUUGCCCCCUUUUUUGAUUGAAAACUUUUUGGCCUCUCUGUUUGUCUUUCCUUGUCCAAAAAUUUGUUCUUUGAUGUACCAUUGAGGUCUUGAGCUUUGUAUCUAAAAUGUCUUUGGUAUACAAACUGCUGUUCCCUUGAAGAUAUACAUAUCUGCUUGU